AUGUUAUGGAAAACAUUUCUGUUACAGCUUCCAUCGUCACCACUACUAUCACUUCUACUAUUAUCAUUCUUCACUUUCCAAUUAGUGUCAUGCGGAUUAGCUCCUGUGCUAAUUGCUUCCCAUAGGCUUGUGCCUGAUCUAACCCUGGAGUUGCAACAUUCGAACAUCAAGCCACAUGAUGCCAACUCCGUCACCAAUUUGAUCAAGAAGCUUGUUACGCAAUGCUCCUCAAAUGCGUACCUCAUAGUCGACAUACCUGGCAUUACUUACAAGGAUCUUAACGUUGCAAGAAACGAGUACUGGCCAUACCUUCGAAACUACUUGUACAUGUCAUCAACAAUGGUUGGGCUCCCGAAAGUUGAAAACGACGGGCUCGAUCUAAAUUAUUUGGAGGAAUACAUUAUCAAGACAUGCGAAGCAGAAACAAUUGUUGCUCCCAAUGGUGAAGUGGCCGAUUACUAUGAUGUUAGAAAACGGGUAAUCAGGGUGAACUUCAAUGCCAUUGAGAGCGAAAGUCAAAGUCGAGGUUCGUGGCUUCAAGAUUGUGAUCAAAAGUUGAGAAAGAUCUUGAGAAUGUUGCCUUCGCCACACUAUACUGUUAUCUUGACCAGUUCGACUCCCGGUAUUGUACAUCCAGUGCCAGAGAAUAUUAUAAAAAAUCAACCCGAGAAGCACGAAAUCUUCCAUGAUAUUAUAAACAAUCCAAAGCAUAAUGGAGGAGUGGAGAAAAACGAUAGAUUCCACAAAGCUGAACCCAACUGGAACCCUAUACGUGAUUCUAAUACGCGAUACUUGGAGAAGAAGAAAAAAGACGAGAUUCAUCUAUUUGAUUAUGACUUGUGGGUAAAGAAUGAAAAAUUAAUAACUACAGUGUUUGUCAUGAUUUUGAGUUUAUUCAUGUUAAAAACACUUUCCUUUAUGAAUUAUAUCAAAAGCAAAUUUAGAGGCAAGGUUAAAAGAAAACAAAUCUAA